AUGAGCUGGAGGCCCACCGCAAGCCCACCAACUCGCACCCUGGCGGUGAAGACCUUGCGUUAUGGAGUCGUCGGACAAUUCUCAACGAUCAAGUACAGUAGUAUUGCUGAUGGCGUCGUCCUGCUCACAGUAAUGAGCUUCACCGGUGCUGAGAUGGACACUCACCGAAAUGGCGGACUCUUCACCGCUCCACGACCACGCCCUCGGUCUGAUAUGUCUCAAGUGGCGGACGAAGAUCGCGCAAUUCCAAAGGAUAACUAG